AUGUCGAGUAGCACGCUCAGGCAAGACGCGCACGGCACACCCCUGGUCUUCGAUAUCCUCGUCCAGGUCGUUGAUCGCCUGUACGGUACUGACCUCAUCAACUUCGCGCUCGCAUCGCGGUACUUCCACGUCCUCGCGUCCACCCAGAUCGGUGAACGCGCGAGUUGUCCGGAUCAGAGACGACUGUCCUCCCUGCGGAAGUACCUGUGCGAAGGCGACAACGCCUCAGAGCGCGCGUUGCUACUGGUCGACCUUACCAUCUACGGGCCCGAAUCGGCGGAAAGAGGCUUCUGGAGGAUUCAUGAGCUCAUGACACAAACGAGCCAGCUCGUGCACAGCGUCCUCGAACAUGCGCAACCUACGCCGCUGCGCGAGCUCGGCCUCUCUUCGCUCUCCAAUGGGUCGUUCGAGUUGCUCACGGGGAUGAAGGCCGACCUUCGUUUGCUCACGCUUUCGGACGCGACUGCGACCAAGGCGCACGCGCGCGACCUCCUCGCAGCGCUCGCCAACUUCCCGGCCCUCGAGUCUCUGACGAUGCGCAAGGUCCACGCGUUCGCCUACGCCCCGGACAGCGAGGACCUUCCCUGCAUCCCGUCGUUGCGGGUCUUGCGCCUCGAGACCGCCAGGCUGGGCCACUUCACGGCGUCGCCGCUGGUGCGUGCGUUCCCGAACAUCACCGAGCUGCGGUAUAUCUCCGUGGAGACCGAGCCUGACCGCAGCCCACGCGACGCGCUCUGGAGAGACACGCUCCGCCAUAUCGUCCUCGGCCCGAAAUCGGACGACGCGCGGGCGCUGGCGAAGCGGCUCCCUGGGAACAGGGGAUGCUGGAUACUGGCAAAGCUUGUCCAAUCGCUCCGCUUCGUCGCCUGCAUACUGGCGCAUGAUGGUGACGAGUAUCGAGAAGCGACGCCCUGUGCGACGUGGUGGCGCGUCGUGCAAGACACAAGAGGGAGGAUGCUGAGAAAGAUCCCGUCCUGGGUGGGGGAGAACGUGCAGAACCUCCUCCACAGCGCAAACGCCGACUCCAAGGAACGAUUUGAUGCCAUGCCAACCUACCAGGCCAAGCUGAUGAGCUGGAUCAUCAAUUGCAAGCUUGAGCAAGCUAAGUUGAAAUCAAGCCAGCUGAACCCCGACCCCCUGCCAAGCCCUACCCGGGAGCUUUCAGGGACACACCCCGGCGCGCUGUCGCAGAGCGCGGUUUAG